GAUAGCGUUCCCCUCUCUCUCUCUCUCUGUGUUGAGCAGCGAAAAUGGAGUCGAGAGUGUUGUCAGGAACCACCGGAAUCUCCAGCCUUACUCGGCUGAGGAAACCGAUACCCAGAGAGAGCACCACCACCACAUGCUUCGUCCCUAGCACUAGAUCAAUCGGAGCCGUUGGUGAUGGCGGCAACCUUAUCUGGGGAAGGCAACUCCGUCCGGCCUUGCUACUACUCGAGAAGUCACCGGUGAUUCGUUUUCCAUCCGUGAAAAGAGAGAUUCUCCGGCCGAGCUUCGCCGCAGCGUCGUCCCCGGCCGAGGGAAGUGAUUCUGCGGGGGAAGCUAAGAUUGCUCCGAUCGGAUUCCUGGAGAAGUAUCCGGCACUUGUUACUGGUUUCUUCUUCUUCAUGUGGUACUUCUUGAACGUGAUAUUCAACAUUCUCAACAAGAAGAUCUACAAUUACUUCCCUUACCCUUAUUUUGUAUCGGUGGUGCAUUUGCUGGUUGGGGUGAUUUACUGUCUCAUCAGCUGGUCUGUCGGUCUCCCAAAACGCGCUCCGAUGGACUCAACUCUUUUGAAGCUACUCACCCCUGUCGCAGUAUGCCAUGCACUGGGCCAUGUAUCAAGCAAUGUCUCAUUUUCUGCAGUUGCUGUUUCAUUCACACACACAAUCAAAGCUCUGGAGCCGUUCUUCAAUGCGGCUGCUACCCAGUUUGUGCUUGGACAACAGAUACCUAUUACCCUCUGGCUAUCUCUGGCUCCUGUUGUUCUUGGUGUUUCCAUGGCAUCUCUGACAGAGCUUUCAUUCAACUGGACUGGAUUCAUUAGUGCCAUGAUUUCCAACAUCUCCUUUACUUACAGGAGUAUCUAUUCAAAGAAAGCCAUGACUGACAUGGACAGUACAAAUCUCUAUGCCUACAUUUCCAUCAUUGCACUCGUUUGCUGUAUUCCACCCGCAAUUAUCGCUGAGGGACCUCAACUGAUGAAGUAUGGUUUCAGUGAUGCAAUUGCUAAAGUUGGUAUGACCAAGUUUCUCUCAGAUCUCUUUUGGGUGGGCAUGUUUUACCACUUAUACAAUCAGUUGGCGAUAAAUACCCUAGAAAGAGUGGCUCCUCUUACGCAUGCUGUUGGUAAUGUGUUGAAACGUGUCUUCGUGAUUGGUUUCUCAAUCGUGGUCUUUGGUAACAGAAUUUCAACACAAACGGGCAUUGGGACAGCCAUUGCAAUUGCAGGAGUGGCAAUAUACUCAUACAUUAAGGCCAAAAUUGAAGAAGAGAAACGACAAAUGAAAGCUGCAUGAGACCAAAGGAGAUCAAGGCGUGGAGGGAGAUUCUAGGUGUUAGUUUAAAUCUUGGUUGUACUCCAAAUGGAACAAUUCCUUGUGAAGAUCACCUUUCUUUUUUUCCUUUUCUUCUUUCUAUCCCUCCUUCCCAUCUUCCAUCCUUUACAUUUGGUCUCAGUUUGCUUUGAUUGGGAGUGCAAACUAUUGCAAAUUUGUUGUCAAUCUCAUGCUACCUGCAAAUAAUAUCUCACUCUCUCUUUUGACAAGCUGUUGCUGUUUUAGAUGCUCUAAAUGAAGCCAUGUGCUUGAGAAAUAAAUAUGUGAAUAGCAGAUUGAUUACUAG